AUGCCUAUACUGACAGGGAAAUAUUUCUUACUAGCAGGAUUAUCAAGCAGGGUAGAGCAGGCAGUUGAGGCGGAGCAAGCAGAGCAGGGCAGGUGGGCGGACCAGGGAGGUGCACAGACACGACAAACAGCAGAAAUGGCCGAGGAAGAGAAGGGAAGAAGGAGCAGCGUGGAACAGAACAGAACAGAGCCAGAUGUUAAAAAAAGGGCAAGAACAACACACUGCGGAUUGACUUCUGGAAUCGCAGAGUUGGCGAUACUUGGCAUUUAUAGAAUGGAAGAAUCCAUACUGUUUGCCCUCAGCCUGAAGCUCCUCCCGUAA